GCGGGUUCAGAAGUUCGCAAUGGCUCGUACCAAGCAGACAGCUCGCAAGUCCACUGGUGGGAAGGCGCCUCGCAAGCAGCUGGCCACCAAGGCUGCUCGCAAGAGCGCUCCGGCCACCGGCGGGGUGAAGAAGCCGCACCGCUACCGGCCCGGCACCGUGGCCCUCCGCGAGAUCCGCCGCUACCAGAAGUCCACCGAGCUGCUGAUUCGCAAGCUGCCAUUCCAGCGUCUGGUCCGUGAAAUCGCGCAGGAUUUCAAGACCGACCUGCGUUUCCAGAGCUCAGCUGUGAUGGCGCUGCAGGAGGCCUGCGAGGCCUACCUGGUGGGGCUCUUUGAGGACACAAACCUGUGCCAGCCUUUCACCAUGUCUGGUCGCGGUAAGGGAGGAAAGGGCCUAGGCAAGGGUGGCGCCAAGCGUCAUCGUAAGGUAUUGCGUGACAAUAUCCAGGGAAUCACUAAGCCCGCCAUCCGGCGCUUGGCUCGCCGCGGUGGCGUCAAGCGUAUUUCUGGACUCAUCUAUGAGGAGACUCGCGGAGUGCUAAAGGUUUUCCUGGAAAAUGUUAUCCGCGAUGCUGUCACCUACACGGAACACGCCAAACGCAAGACAGUCACAGCCAUGGACGUGGUCUACGCGCUCAAGCGCCAGGGACGCACUCUGUAUGGCUUCGGCGGCUGAGUUUAGCGCGACAGUUUUCUACCGCAAAACCAACGGCCCUUUUCAGGGCCACCUACCCACUCAGGAGAAAGAGUAGUAGUCACUGCUUAAAAAAUUUAUAAUUAUUUUCACCCUUAAUAGCUUCGUAUUUUAAGUUCAAUUAUUUUAUUUCCUCUUAGUUUCAUAUCUUAAUGGCCAGUGAGGAUGAUCCAAGUGUUUUCUGUUUUUUUAUUUUCAGACCGUCUCCCUCUGUCGACCUGGCUGGAGUGCAAUGGCGCGAUCUCGUCGCACUGCAGUCUUGGCCUUCCGGGUUCAAACGAUUUUUUUUUGUUCAGCCACUUGGCGUCAACCGGCUUGCGACACGAACGCCAGCUAGUUGUAUUUUCUUGUGGAGAUGGGUUUUCACCACGUUACCAGGCUGGUCUUGAACUCAAGCUCAGAGAUUCCCUCACUUUGGCCUCCGAAAGUUCUAGGAUUACAGGCGUGAGCCACCGCUCUUGGCCUGUUUUCUCUUAGCGUAAGAAAACUGAUGGCAAACUGCCGUUAACAUUCUGCAUGGCUAUCAGAGAAACAAAGUAGCAAAAACUAGCUGAGAAACAAGUUAGCAAAAGCUGUACUACAGAAGGCAAGCAGUAAAGGCUGAUGAUGCUGUGAGGAAUAGCUAAGAAAAUGGAUUUAGUUCCUACCAAGGUAUUGUUACAUGAGAGGCCUCUUAAUUUUGUCCUGAGACUCUGCGCUGUUCUUUUAUUGGCCAUCUGGGUAAAUAUAUCUGAUAAGGCCUAUGUAUUUAGCAGAGGUCAUUAAGCAUAAGUAUUUACUGGAGAUCACCUAUA